ACUGAUCAUCUUUUCUUGAUUGUUUUCGAUCGUCUUCUCGUCAGCAUGUUAGCUGCGCAAUCUCAAAAGCGUAGGGUGUAUACACUGAACAACCCUAAACCUCAAACUUGAGUCGAUGCAAUCAGCCUACCCUCGGACAUAUCUCUUCAAACCAUCAUUGUCAGACCAAGCAUCACAUGCACGUGCGCAAUACAUCAAGAUCAUGGGGUAUAGAUGUGCUCUUCGUUCGUCUAUCAUAUAUAUCUCUGCGUAUUCGUUUUUCCACCUUCCACCGCAAAUUGAUCAAAGAGUGGAGAGGAAAAAGAUUCAACCGCACACAUACCCCUCAGUUUUUAUACCCAAAUCUUCUACCCAUACACCAUUUCGUAGCCCACCAGUGUCCGUCUCACCACGGCUGGCAGGCGGGGGUAUCAUCGUCCCAUCGUAUUCAGCUUGCAUCCACCCAUCACACACUCCCAACGCUGAGCACACAACGAAGAUUGGACCAACAGAGACGCAUAAUCCACAAGAAAAGCAGCAAAUUGGUAUAUAUUUCUGUUUGCGCCGUAAUUGGGGAAUCAUUCGGACAGAGAGCAACAAACAAACGCCGUAAACAAGAAACUGCAAAAUGACGCAUACAGGAAAACAAGACUGCGAACAACAACCAGCCAGGCCAGGCUUUUGACGUGGGUAUUUUCGCCGUAGAGUAGGAGGGGUAUAAUUC